UGGAGACUUUUGCUGUCCCAUUGGGUGGGGGGUGGCCAUGGCCCCAGUACUGCUCCAGAUUUACCCCGGCGCCUAGUACAGCGCUUGACACGAAGCCUGGUGGCGGGCUGUAGCUCUUCCAUGGUGGAAGCCCAGGUCACCCUUCCCCUCCUAGCCCCCCUUGCCCUCUGGACCCUGGGCUGGAUGAGCUUACUGUUCCUGCUCGCUGGCCUCUGUGCCAUCUGCCACAGGAAAGGUCAGCGGAAGCGGAAGCCAGUGCCUCAGGAAGGGGUGAAGCUGGUGGACGUGUCCCUGCUACGACAGAUCCAUCUCCGUUCGCUCAGCAAGUCAGAUACCAAGCUACACGAGCUCAACCGGGUACAGAGCAGCAGCAGCAGAGCUGCAGCCCUGCGUCCAGCGAGCAUGGACUUCUUGUACCCAUCGUGGCCAAGAGGACCCCAACCUGUGUCCAGGCUGACCACAGCGGCCCCCCCUGAUUUCUCCCACCGAGAGCCACCCCGGUUCCCCACAGCCGCAGCUCCCCCGGACCCUGACCCUACCUACUCCAACGUGGGGCUGGCCGUUCCUUCCGUGGCCCCUGGGGACUCGCCGAAUGUGGAGAAGAAGUCAGGAGGGGCCGAAGCCCUGGGGGGAGCUGUGUUUGCAGACUAUGCCUGUGUCCGAAAGGUGAAGAAGGGGGCGGAAGAGGGGCCUGAUGCCCCUGCUCUCCCUCAGAGAUCCUCAAGCCUGAGAGACAUCUUCCCGAAGGAGGGAACUGCCCAGCAACCCAAAGUGACCCAGGUGGAGGUCGUGUACUCCAGAGUGAACAAGACCGGCCGGAAGCCCCCGGCUUGUGAUGGAGCUGCGGAGAGCCUGCCCGCGGGCCAGCUGAACCCCAAGGGCAGCAGAGGAACCCAGACCCAGCCAGCCAUGCCCACCAGAGACCGUGUUUGGAGCCCCAGUCCCGACCCUGCCUAUGAAACCAUCGCUGCUGCCCGAGGCCCGACCCCCGAGGGGCCGGCCCUCCAGAACAGGCUCCCCGAAAACCUGUACGAGAGCAUCAGAGAGAUGAGGGGUCAGGGCCCCAGGAAUCCAGGCUCCCCGGGACCCCUCGGUGAGGAGAUGUUCUGUGUUACUCAGUUGUAGCCCCUUCCCUGGGGCUCUCCUGUCCCCCCACCUCCCGCCUCCCCCCGCACCUUCCUGGGCAACUGCAAGCCUGAGACCAAGGCUGGGGAAACACUGGAAUGUCUCCCGGCUGCUGCUGCUUUGCUCCUCGUUCACCCUCAACCCCUCUGUGUCGCUUCCGGAAGGGGAGAUUAUCCGUAUCCCGUCUCAGUCUCUCUUCUGACAGGAGCAGAAUGUGGGGUGGGGACAGGUGUUGGUCUUAGUGCUUCCUGGCAAAAAGCCACUCCCCUCUUGCUCGAGACCGGAAGAGUGACAGAAAUGUUGAUCUCCCAGCCCAAGAGGAGGAGGAGGAGGUGGACAGCACGGCCUGGCAGGUGCUGUAGGACCAUCUGCCCGGCGGAGCCAACAUCCCCAUCCCUGAGGUCCAGUCCCCAGAACCACCCAGUUCAACUUCUCUCUGCAGAGUAAAAUGUGUGCACAGAGGCACAGGGGCAGAAAGGGGAUUUUCUUUCCUGCCACCCAGAAUUUCCAGCACUCCACUCCCCUCCCUUCAUCAAUCAGUCAAUCAGUCAAUAGUAUUUAUUGAGCACCUAGAGUGUGCAGAACACCCUAUUAAGCACUUGG